CAGAAGUACUGACGUAUUUCAUAUGCGCCGGAGAAAAACUGUUAGCAAGCGACCUAGCUGCUUCUUGUUUUGAUUUUGCUGCACGUUAUGGCGGUGCUGCUCAGAGGACUUCGAGUGGGACGGGCCCUGCGCUGUUUCAGUAGCGUGUCUGUUCCGGUGGGCACCAGCCCCCAAUGCUGCGUCGGGCGCCGCGGAUUUCACCGAGCUGCUCUGCUGCUACAGGACAGUUCCAAAUCUGAUCACACUGACCCUUCUUCCUCCUCGUCUUCCUCGUCCACUUCCUACCACCAACAUUACCAGGCUCACCCAUCUGAGUCCGAGCAAGCCGCAUCUGCACCAGAGGAGGAGUCUCAGAAGCCUAAUACAAGCUAUGCAGACCAGAGUGGGGAGGAGGGUGAGGACUAUGAAACGGAGGAGCAGCUGCAGGUUCGCAUCCUCACCGCGGCGCUGGAGUUUGUCCCGCAGCACGGGUGGUCUGUGGAGGCCAUCUCUGCUGGGGCUGAGAGCCUGGGCUUGUCCUCUGCAUCGGCUGGCAUGUUCACCAAUGGGACAGGAGACCUGAUCCUGCACUUCAUUGCACAGUGUAACAGCCAGCUGACCGAGUCCCUGGCUGAGGAACACAACCAAAUCCAGAUGGGCCGCGCAGAGCCCAAGGACACGGCACAGUUCCUGAGAGAUGCUGUGGAGGCCCGACUGAGAAUGCUAAUUCCGUACAUCGACACCUGGCCACAGGCCAUGAGUAUCCUGCUGCUCCCUCACAACAUCCCCGACAGCCUGAAGCACCUGUCCACCCUGAUCGAUGACAUCUGGUACUACGCCGGAGACCGCUCCACAGACGUGAGUGUGUCCAAAUCUGCGUCCAAAUCUUCCUCCUCUAACUUCAUCUUCUCCCCCGGCCAUCAACGCCUCCACUCAAUCCGGCCUGGCUCCUCAAAGUUGAACUGGUACACACGCCGGGCCGCUCUGACGGGGAUCUACAACACCACAGAGCUGGUGAUGCUGCAGGACUCCUCCCCUGAUUUCCAGGACACGUGGGCGUUCCUCAGCAACCGUAUCCAGGAUAUGAUGAACAUGGCAGACACAGCUAAGCAGGUGCAGUCCACCGGGGAGGCAGUGGUGCAGGGGCUCAUGGGAGCUGCAGUAACUCUGAAGAACCUUACAGGAGUGAACCAGCGGCGGUGAAGUAUAGGUGUGCACAGACAGCCUCUCUCCACUGUACCCACAGUUCUCUGCUGUAUAUGUUUUAGUGUGCUCCAGUCUUCACGGUCCUGCAUAUUCUGCCAGGGUUGGUUUUGUCAGACACUCUGUCCUCCAGUUCAGGGUUUUGUCCUCUAGACAGGCUCUGGAGUCACUGUGCCAUAGGUUUGCUCCUCUCUAAUUUGGAUCAGGAGGAGUUCAGUUUCAGGGUCCGCUAGUGUAGACGUCCACCCGUCCAUUUGUAAAAACCUGUGACCGUUAUAUAACGUAAUAUAAAAUAUGCAUUGCACUUGAAACAUUUUGUUGUCUUUGAUCUAUGAAAAGAACUUCAAUAAAGCAAAAUUUGUUCUCAU